UCCUUUAAGGAACUGGAGAAGUCUUGUCAGCUCCCAGCAUUACAAACGUUUUUCUUCAAUGCCCCGAUCUCUAGCCAUUUGUAAUACAUGUUUAAUUGUUAGUCACAGGAAAUAAGUGACCAUGGUGCUCGAUAGUUUGGAUAAGAUGAUUCAACUGCAGAAAAGCACUGCAGACAUCAGGAAUAUCUGUGUUUUGGCUCAUGUUGACCACGUGUCACAUCUCUGGCACUGCCAUCAAGGGUGGUACUUUGUGGGGCGUGACUCUUCUCUUUGAGACCUCAAGAAACGCUCAUUCAGAUGAAGACAAAGAUAACACCUGGGAUGCUUGGGGCGACUGGUGUGACUGCCCCGGACUUGCGGGGGAGGAGCAUCCUAGUCUCUGCAGAGAUGUUUGGCUGGCAGCUGACAACAUGAAAUGCUGGCGAGAAUGAAGAGAAACUGGAUCACUCAUACACUGGUGAUGAUAAUGUAAAAUAAUAUAGCCACAGGCAAAAAUAAACAUGCAGCUACCAUACAAUCCGGCAGUUGUACUCGUGGCCUUUUAUCACAGAGAAUGAAGACUUGUUUUCACAUGAAAACCUGAAUGUUUUUAGCAGUUUUCGUCAUAAUAUCCCCCAAAUGGAAACAACCCAGAUGCCCUUUAGUGGGUGAAUAGUUAAACAAACUAUACAAUAUCCAUACCAUGGAAUACUACACAGCAGUAACAGAAAGAAACCACUGAUACAUGCAAUGACCUAUCUCUGAGAAUUAUGCUGAGGUACAAAAAGCCAUCCUCCAAAGGUUAUAUACCAUAUGAUCCCAUUUAAAUAAUAAAUUUGAAAUGGCAAAAAGUAUAGCAAUGGAGAACAGAUCAGUAAUUGCCUGGUAUUAAGGAAGAGGUGGGGAUGGUUGGAAAGAAGGUAUGACUAUAUAAGGCAACCUGAGGGAUCCUUGUGGUAAUAGCAGUGUUUUUGUUUGUUUGUUUUGGGUUUUUUGGGGUUUUUUUUUAUUUUUAUUUUUUAUUUUUUUGGGGGGUACACC